AUGCUGGCUUCCAGAACACUGUCCAAACAAUUUGCCCGCACCUACGCCACCAAGGCGUUGAAAAUCGUGAUUCCUGCUGGAAAACAGGUGUUGGAGGCUCUUCCAUCGGAUCUCGGUCUCAAGUUCGAGUUCGUCGACCUCAAGGCCGGUUUCGAGCUGUUCAAGCAGACAGGCACGGCGCUCCCUGACGAGACCGUCGAGACUCUGCAAAACUCGUGCGAUGGCGCACUUUUCGGAGCAGUCUCGUCUCCAACGACCAAAGUGCAGGGCUACUCGUCGCCGGUCGUGGCUCUGCGCAAGAAGCUCGGUCUGUACGCCAACGUGAGACCCGUGAAGAGCGUCGAGGGCAUCGGCCGCCCCGUCGACAUGGUCAUCGUGAGAGAAAACACCGAAGACCUCUAUAUCAAGGAGGAAAAAUUGUACGAGAAAGACGGCCAGAAGGUGGCCGAGGCCAUCAAGCGGAUCACCGAGCGGGCCACCACGAAGAUCGGCGCCAUUGCGCUGGAGAUCGCCUUGCAAAGACAGGCCGUCAGAGAGCUUGGCGGCGCCAGUCUGCACUCGCAGCCUACGCUGACUGUGACUCACAAGAGUAACGUUCUGUCUGUGUCUGACGGGCUUUUCAGAGAAACGGUCAGAAAACUGUACGACAACAACCCGGCAAAGUACUCUGGCGUCCAGUACAAGGAGCAGAUCGUCGACUCGAUGGUGUACAGAAUGUUCAGAGAGCCGGAGAUUUUCGACGUCGUUGUGGCUCCAAAUCUGUACGGAGACAUUUUAUCCGACGGAGCUGCUGCUCUCGUGGGCUCUUUGGGAGUCGUUCCGUCGGCCAACGUCGGCGACAACUUCGCCAUCGGCGAGCCGUGCCACGGCUCGGCCCCAGACAUCGAGGGCAGAGGCAUUGCCAACCCAAUAGCCACGAUCCGGUCUGCCGCGCUGAUGCUCGAGUUCAUGGGCUAUCCGGAGGCCGCUGCCAAGAUCUACGCUGCCGUCGACGCCAACCUGAAGGAGGACGCCGUCAAGACGCCAGACUUGGGCGGAAAGAGCUCUACCCAGGAGGUUGUUGCUGACGUGAUCAGAAGAUUGUAG